AUGAUAUCUUCUUCAGAAGAAGGUAGUAACAAGAUACUUGUGGCGAUCUCGUUGGACCGAGAUGAGAGCCAAGAUGUUUUAUCUUGGGCCAUCAAUGUUCUUGCUAAACCAAGUGACACCAUCGUCGCUCUUCAUCUUCUUGUUGGUGAAGAGCCGAGAAAGGUGCCGAUGAAGAAGAAGAAGAGAACACAGAUUCGUCGUGCCAAAGCUCAUGUUAUCUCCAUGCUUGGAGAGUUCGCUUACACUUGCUGUAAGAGCCAAGUGAACUUGGAAGCAAAGGUAGGAUUUAGCUCAAACAUUGGAAGAGGACUAAUUGAUGAAGUCAAGUCGAUUUCUGCUCACUACCUUGUUCUUUCCCGAUCAACCACUCACGUCUUCAGGAUAUGGAAUGAGAUCACAAGGUAUGUCUCCGACUUUGCUCCAUCAAGUUGCUCUAUUGUUUUAGUCGGAAAUCAAAGAAAACCGCAUCAAGAUAAAGAUUGCUACUCUGACUCUACGAUUUCUCGAGACGUAAAAAGUGAGAAGUAUUCGCCACGCAGCGUACUGAACAUUCUGUCGAGAGAUUCCGUUAGCUCAUCAGGCGAUGAUGCUUCAAGUUUCAAUGGUUCAAUGGUCUCUUCUAGCUUCGCUUCGCCUUCAGACAAACCUAAACAAAAACCAAUGUCUCCUUACAGAUUCAUAUCUUCUCUUAUCAUGAACUCUCCUUUGAGGAAAUGGAGAAGAAACGAGACUAAGAACAACCCUAAACCUCAACCUCUAAUUCAAUGCUUUACUUACAACGAGAUCUCUAAAGCCACAAAUGAUUUUCAUCAAGAGAACAUAGUAGGCGUAGGAGGGUACUCUGAAGUGUACAGAGGAGAUCUAUGGGAUGGAAGAAGAAUCGCAGUGAAGAGAUUAGCAAGAGAGAGUGGUGACAUGGACAAAGAGAAAGAGUUUCUUAUGGAGCUAGGCGUCAUAAGUCACGUCUCUCAUCCCAACACAGCUCUCCUCUUAGGUUGUUGUGUUGAAAGAGGUCUCUAUCUUGUCUUCAGGUUCUCCGAGAAUGGAAACUUGUACUCUGCCUUGCACGAGAAGGAGAGCGGUUCUCUAGAUUGGCCUAUACGUUACAAGAUAGCGAUUGGAGUUGCUCGAGGGCUUCAUUAUCUUCACAAACGCUGUAACCACCGGAUCAUUCACCGUGAUAUAAAAUCUUCCAACGUUUUACUUGGACCUGAUUUCGAACCGCAGAUAACUGAUUUUGGAUUGGCGAAAUGGCUGCCUAACAAAUGGACUCACCAUGCGGUUGUACCGGUUGAAGGAACGUUCGGUUAUCUAGCACCAGAGUCUUUAAUGCAAGGAACCGUAGACGAGAAAACCGACAUCUAUGCGUUUGGUAUUCUCCUUCUAGAGAUCAUAAGCGGACGAAGACCGGUUAAUCCUUCUCAGAAGCACAUUCUUUUAUGGGCGAAGCCGGCGUUGGAGACAGGUAACACAAGAGAGUUGGUUGAUCCGAAGUUGCAAGAUAAGUACGACGAUCAACAGCUGAACAGGCUUGUCCUUACAGCUUCACACUGUGUUCAACAAUCGCCUAUAUUACGACCAACCAUGACUCAGGUAUUGGAGUUGCUCACAAAUGGGAACGAGGCUGAGAUUGCAAAGAGCUGGAGAAUGCCUAGGGAUAUGACUAAUGACGAUGACAAUAAUGAUGAAUGGGAUGACUAUUCUAUGAUUUUCGGAUAUGAUCAUGUUCCUUUGGAUUCUUCCUUUUAG